CAAAGGCAAAUACUAACGUGGAGUUUUCCGACCCGUUGUCACGCCCAUCGGCGUCCAUCGGGAAAUACCAACGCGGUCCAGGUUCUCUCACUAAGAAUACGAACCUGAUCCUCAUCGAACAUCUAAACCCUGCAACUUUUUUAUACGCUGAAUGCUGCAGCAAAUAAUAGAAGGCAGAAGAGGGGAAGAAGGAAAAGGAAAAAAAAAUUGAGAGAUCUCCUCAAAAAAUCCUAAUUAAACUCUACUCUCGACCCAGAGCUUCGCUUCUCCUCACGCUUGCGGCCAUGGCGUCCGGUCUUCUCUCGGACUGCGCUUCUUCUUCUUCUUGCUCGAUUCGCCUUCAUCAGUUCAAGGGAAAAAGCAGGGCCUUUGCUCGCCCGUUCGGAUGCAAUGGAUCCAUCUCCUUACCUUUGAGAAACCUAAGCGUCAAAAAUUGUACCUUUGCAUCGAAUUCGACGGGUUGGAGUUUGUCCGCUGUCUCCUCAGCAGCAAUGACCGACAAUGCAUCUGCAAUAAUCAUUGAUGGAAAGGCAGUUGCAAAACAAAUACGAGAAGAAGUCGCUUCUGAAGUUGCAAGGCUGAAGGAUGCAUUUGGUAUUAUUCCAGGGCUCGCUGUCAUUCUAGUAGGUUCUAGAAAAGAUUCUCAAACAUAUGUACGAAAUAAGAAGAAGUCUUGUGAAGAUGUGGGCAUCACAUCUUAUGAAGUUAAUUUACCCGAGUACUGCACAGAGGAAGAAGUGCUAAAGCAUAUUUCAGUCUUUAAUAACGAUCCAUCUGUCCAUGGGAUCUUGGUUCAGCUUCCCCUUCCUCGUCAUAUGAACGAGCAAAAUAUUCUUAAUUCUGUCAGUAUUGAGAAAGAUGUGGAUGGUUUUAAUCCUCUAAAUAUUGGUUGCCUUGCUCUUCAAGGAAGGGAACCAUUAUUUGUUCCUUGUACUCCAAAAGGAUGCAUGGACUUAUUGCACAGGCAUAACAUUGAAAUUAAAGGAAAGAGAGCAGCUGUAAUUGGACGGAGCAAUAUUGUUGGAAUGCCUGCUGCAUUGUUGUUGCAGAGAGAGAAUGCAACGGUCACUGUGGUACAUUCUAGGACUAGCAAUCCUGAGGAAAUCGUAAGACAAGCUGAUAUUGUUAUUUCAGCUUGUGGAAUUGCGAACUUAGUGAGGGGAAGCUGGCUAAAGCCUGGUGCAGUUGUGAUAGAUGUUGGGAUCAAUCCAGUUGAAGACCCAGAAAGCCCUCGAGGUUAUCGAUUGGUUGGUGAUGUUUGCUAUGAAGAGGCAUGCAAGAUAGCGUCCGCUAUCACUCCUGUUCCUGGUGGAGUUGGGCCAAUGACCAUAGCCAUGCUUUUAUCCAACACUCUCACCUCAGCCAAAAGGAUACACAACAUCAAGUGAUAACUGAUAAAUAUUACCCUACUAUUGCCUUGAAGAGGUUUUGUUUUCGCUAACUUAUUUUGGUGUUGCUUCCUUAAACAUGUGAAAGUAGGGCUUAAUUUUUUGCCCUCAAAUGGUUUUUAAUCAUAGGGUGAAGAAAGAAAACAGUGUUCUAAAUGUGAAGUCAAAUAAAAGCGGUUUCUGCUUUUUGGAUCA